UGGCGUAAAUACCCACGUGUGCCUUGUGUACCGUGCACUAGUCAGUAAACAUAAAAAAUCAGACCCAGAAUCAGCACGCAAGCCUGAAAAAAACUCUUACAUGCUAUUCUUACAACAAUAAAUGCCAUAGCUAAACACUUCAUGAUGCUUGUUUAAGAUUAAUGUUCAGAUUUCGUGUGGUCACAACCAUGGAGUCGCCGAUCAACAUUAUUUUAUCUCUCAAAUAAUCUACAACUUUUGCUGACCAGGAUAAUGGCCGUCAACAUCGCAGGUCUGGUGGUCCUGGUAGCUUUCUAUCUCCUAAUUUUGGUUAUCGGAAUCUUGGCCACACGAUGCUUCAGAGUCAAAGAUCAACAUGUGUCAGUGGUGGAGGCUUCUUUAGUGGCUGGUCGGAGUCUCCGUGGAGUAGUAAGCAUUUUCACAAUGAUUGCAACUACUGUGGGAGGAGGUUACAUUAAUGGAACAGCAGAAUCAGUUGCAACAUCUGGUCUUGUAUGGACACUGGCACCGUUAGGGAUUUUCCUUGGAUUAAACCUCGGAGGACUGGUGUAUGCUAAGAGGAUGAGAGAGAAGAAGUAUAUCACAAUGCUGGACCCUAUACAGAAAUCAUUUGGUCAGCUGGCUACUUUACUGGUGUAUGCAGCCUCUCUUUGGGGUGACUUGUUCUGGACUGCAGCCAUUUUGUCAGCUUUAGGCACAAGUCUGAGUGUGAUUGCUAAUGUGCCUCUUGUAAUUGCUGUUUGCGUGUCUGCUGGUGUGACAGUGCUGUACACUGUGAUUGGCAACAUGGUGGCAGUAGCAUACACUGAUGUAGCACAGCUGGCUCUUAUCUUCAUUGGUCUGGUAGGCAGUGUGCCUUUUGUCUUAACCAACAAUCACGUAGCCAGCAUUGAGACCACCAAGGACAAAUGGCUGGGAAGUCUGGAUUUAGAGAGCAGUUUUACUUGGGUUGAUCUGCUUUUGGCCAUGACAUUUGGCACCAUACCAUGGCAAGCUUACUUUCAAAGAGUUCUGUCUGUUAGGGGACCAAAUCAGGCAGUGUUGCUGUCAGUAGUGGGGGCAUUUGGAGCUGUUGUGUUUGCUGUCCCUUCUAUUUUGAUUGGAGCAGCUGCAGUGAGUGCAGAUUGGAGUAACACUUCCAUUGGAUAUUCACCUCUGUCUCCAAAUCACAGUGAAGCCAGCCUUGUUCUUCCACUUGUGCUGAAAGAGUUUACUCCUCCUAUUGUGUCAUACUUAGGUCUUGGAGCUAUAUCUGCUGCAGUCAUGUCUUCAAUGGACAGUUCCAUCCUUGGUUCAAGUGCCAUGUUUACUCAUAAUAUUUACAAUGGAAUAAUUCACAAGAAGGCUUCAGAUACAGAACUGAUGGUGGUUCAGCGGCUGGCUGUCGUCUGCGUGGGUCUCAUCGCCACAGCUAUUUCUCUGUCAGUUCCUGUCAUCUAUGGACUUUUCAUCCUUGCUGCAGACAUUGUUUAUGUCAUCAUCUUGCCUCAAGUUGACCUUCGCCAUUUUCCUUCCUCAGCGAGGCAGUGCUUUUGGAUCUGUUGCUGGCUUUGUGGUUGGAGCUUUUUAAGGUUUGGAGCAGGUGAACCCACAAUAGGCCUUGAGCCUUUCAUUCCAUUUUCUGUCUGGGAUCCAAUGUAUGGCCAGUCAUUUCCGUUCAGGACAGUGGCCAUGUUGUGCUCUGCUUUGACCAUCGUUGCUGUAUCAGAAGGUGUGUUGGUUCUGCAUCAACUACGUUGCAACAAAAGAAACUGCCACGUGAUACCACCAAGCCAAGCAUCAUGGCAAACUAGAGAAGGCGAAGAAGCAAAUGCCUUUUUAGACCAGGAUAUGGCACUUCUGGAUAAAGCAAACACGUUAGACCAGGAUAUAAUACUACUGGAUAAAAUGAACACUGCCCCAGGGUCAUAGAAGUUCCAACAAUGUAACCAGAAUGCAUCCUGGGAACUUGUAUGUCUUCAGUUGACUCGAGUUGUCUGGUAACACUAAUUUAUCGUAAAUAUUGUUGCCACCUUUGAAAGUGCCCAUAGUAGAAGUCACUUUCCUCUAAAACUUUACUGGGCAAGAUAUAUUCAUUCAUAAGAAUCAUUAUUGCAUCUAGAGACUUGGUCAUUAUAGACCUACACAGAAAGAAAAAAAUAUCUACCUUUUUAAUUGGAGACCUCUCUCCAAACCCUUCCCUUUUUUUGAGGGGAAAAUGUGAAGACAUACAUUCAACUAGCCAAAAUAAUGCUUGUACUCAAACGACAUUUACCCAUUAGAGACAAAGACAAGAUUUAGUAUUUAUUUUGGAAUGUACAAAAUAACCUUACUUAAAAAAAACGGAAAAAGAUAGAAAUACAAAAUAAACUUAUAUCUGAUGCAUAAAGUAAGCUGAAAUCAGCUGUUCUUAUCUCAGUUCAUCUUUGAAAGUGCACUUUUUUAAUAAUUCAAAAAGGAAUGAGUCAUAUGCAUCAGAAUUUUGAUGGGGUUUUUUUUUUUUUUUUAAUAAACAGCAUAAUUCUGAUUAUGUCAUCCUGGGAUAGACAGUUGAGUAAAGCUGGUCACACACCCAGUGAAAAUUUGUUUGAAAAUUUUCCUAAUAGCACAAUUAGUAAUUUUAUUCACAUGUGUAACAACUGGGAACAAAAAAAGACUUUUCUUGAGAGUUACAAGUCCAAGAGAACCUCAGAUUGACAAAACUGCCUCAAAAUUGAACACCUGAUGACCUGAUAAUGAUGACGAUUACCAUGACCAUGAUGUUUAUUAUGAUGAUAACAGAUUUGCAAGUCAAAAAUGACGUACACUUGAUGCAUUAGUUUCUAGAUGUAUCGUCACUAUCAAGUCAGUUCCUAACUGGGUAUUUUUAUGUUGGUGGAACUGUCUCAUUGAUACCUGUAAAAGCAUGCUCAUUUUCAAAGAAUCUCAGAACUUUUGUUUUCUCUAAAAAGAAUGAAUUCCAUUUUUUUCCUUGUUCAUAAAACCGGUGAAAUGUAUCAGCACAAAACAGCUGUGCACAAAUACUCUAAAUGCCAUUUGUAAGAGAAAACAUACAGUGUUUCUGUACUAAAGAUAUAACAUUAUAUGUAUACAUAUUAAAGCAUUCUGGAAAUCUAUAGUCUCCUUAAAGAUGUUUCUGGCCAUGAUAUAAUCUUGUUUGUUGGCAUGGCAUUAAAAUUGCUGACAAUUAACUCAUCUGUUGUUAGGACAAGGGUACAAAAUGUUUACACUUUCUAAGAACUCCAUAGUUUAAAGAACCAGUCUGUAAUGUCCUACUAAAUAUUUCAGGGAUUUUACGUUCCAUUUACAUUUUGUGACCUUUCAACAUCAAUAAUGUGAUUUGCGUCGUUCAGGAAGUGGAUCAUUUACACACUCUCUCGUGAUAUAGGUGGACAUGGAUGCAUAUAGUAGGGAGGCUUGUGCACAGUCUGCUGCUAAACUGUUUACAUUUAGUUCUAGCCAUUCACUCAUUACUGUAGAACAAAUUUUCUACUCUUGUUGGCGACUCUGCUAGCUGUCUCUUGCAGAGAAAGAUACAUAGAGUCCACAAUCUUAGCCUGAGUGUUCUUGCACAUUUACCUUUCUUGAUAUCUGUACUUUAAUUAUAAAAUAUGUUUAGCAUCAUUUGCUUUCCUCAAAAGAAUUACUAGGCAAUUAAGGUUUCACUUUUAUUUCUAUCCUACUUCUGUUUAUAUCAGAUUUAUGUGACAACUGACCCGGUACAAGUAACUAGUUGUGAUCAGUUCUGAUGAUGAAGAUAAGCAUCAUAGUCUCAUGCUUUUAUUACCUGUGAAAUAAAUUUGGGAUGAAGAAAAAAAAGAUCCCCACUACGCCCCCACUAUUGUCAUAUCACCUGCAUGUCACGUCAGAUUAUGCCAUGUUUAUCAAUUUUGCAGUGUAAAUUUAAAACUGGUUUAUUUAUUUUGAAGUCUUGAGUAAAAUGUAUUUGUAUAUUUGAAGUUGUCUCCGAAAGGAAUAUUUACAUGACAUCAUUUACUGUCUAAUAGAGGCAUUAUUGUUGGAUAAUUGACAGAAAUUAAAAGGAAUCAUAUUUGAUUAUCAGUAUUUUGUCAACAUAAAGAUUCUCAGUGGUUGUGAAUUUUCAGUGUAUGCAUGACUGAAUGUAUGAUAGUUUGCCCUUGUGGGAAAAUACAACUUGGAUACUUUGUUGAAGUUGGUAGUAUUUUCUUACUUCAAAUUCCAUGAAUCAAAACUUUAUGUAUCAGUGGAUCGCAUUAGUGCUAAAUGUUAUCUGUUAACGCUUCCUUUUUUUGUUGUUGCUUUACACAACAGACAGCAUGCAGAUUUGAAGAAUUAGCAGAGAAGUGAUUUUAUGAUUGAUUGUAUAAAAUUGUACAAUUAAUUUCAAAUUUACUUAAUUGUUACAAAUGCAAACAUUAUUUUAUGAACUUAUACCAAAUGCUUGUAUAUAUCUGUAAUGAUCUGGUGAUUUGGAAAGAAAUCGGAUACAGGAAAACACAAAUUUUGGCGAGGUUCUAAAGAAGUUUUAUCAUGUUCAGAUUUAUUUUUCUUUAUAGGUUCACUUGUUGAAAAUUGUAUUUAAAUAAGUGAGUUAAGUUCACUGAAAUUUUUCAAAAUUUGAUCAAAAAGAAUUUUUGGAAAAAACCAUUUCUGAUCAUGUACGCUUCUUUGAAUACAACCAUUCUCACCUGGGUUCCAGAAAGAAAUUAAUCUCAUUUACUGGGACAUCUUAUAUCCUUUAAUUGUUGGAAUAGCUUAUGGACCUCAGAAAAGAAGACAGUAGCUAAACUUUGUCAAUCCAAGAUUUUGAUUUUCAAAUCAAUUCACUAAUUGACAAGACAUUUUUGUAACAAAAUUGUCAAUUCUAUGUUUUGUUAAUCUGCUAUGAUCUUGAAUUUUACACCUGGCUCAGGUUAAGAGAGGUAGAGGUAGUCACCUGACCUUACAGUUAUAGGGUAGUGAGGUGUUGGAGCUUCCACCUUUCAGAGAAAGUUCUUGUGAUGGCAGUUUUCACAUAUCUUCAUAGUCUGUGAUUUUGUUAUUCACUUCUACAUUUUUCAUGCAUCCAGAUAGUGCUUUGUGAAUACCCAUAAUUACUGGUUCUGUUCUGCUUCAACUUUUUUACCAGGUUACCUUGUGAUGAAACAACAAACGAUUAUAGUUAGAUCUAAAGUCCGACAUUAAUCUCCCUUCUUCUAGCUGAUUAGUAACGAUUUUUUAUUUCUACAUUUUAUUCUUCAUGCUGCUUUCCACCUGACUUGAUCUUACUACUACUGGCUAUCAUCGUAUUGUGUGCAUGUUGUGGCACAUCACCCAUUCAUCUUUGUUUUGUUUCUUCAUUGGACCGUCAUUUGAUAUUCCUGUGCAGUACACUGAGUUUGUCUUUUUGACAGUGAAGCUAACUAUACAAGUGCAGUCUAUUUACUGUAAAGGUCUUUGAGUUCUGCUGUAGUUGGAGAAAGGUACUAUAUAAUGUUUGUUUUUUUUUCUGUUGCUGGCUUACUUUCCCUAUCCCUCUUUAGAUGCCACAGCUGGAUCAGGAAGGUUGAUGCAUCUCACUGGUAUGGAACUGGCUGGUGUAUACAACCUCUGAAUUCAGAUUUGGCUAUGUAAAUUUUUGUCUAUUGAACACACCUGUAUAUGAGCUGUACCCAUCAUUUCUUUUAAAUCUUUACUUUUUUCAUAAAAAAGCCUGACUUAUAAGCUACAAACAUAUACAACUUGAAAGCUGCAUCUUAAUCAUUGGCAUGAUGAGGGUAUGUGCUUCAGCAACUGAUCUGAAUGCUUCAGUUGUGUGCGGCUUUGAUUUGAAAAAUGUGAACAGCCAACACUGUAACUACAUUAAUAAUUAACACUUUAACAUUGAAUGCCUCAAGAAAUUAAUCAGAAUCUAGAAAAAAAUCUGAAAACAAUCCGCAUCUCUGUUUAAGUCGCAGAGUUUAAAGCUAGGGGAAAAAAGUAACGACAAAUAGUCCAAAAUUUACUGUACUCUAAUCGCUAGUUAGUUUUUGUGUGAAAAGACAAGUCAUUUACUUAUUAUUUUUAAAAGAAUCUCCCUGUAUUAGCACUAGUUCAGUGAUGGUGCCUUAAAGAUGCACAUGCUGCAUUAGCAUUGUUGUGUGGUAUAGAGUGGACAAUUUUUACACAUGAUAUAGCCCUAGUUGCUGGCACGGCAUUAAACACCAACCAACAACAAAUUCUCCAAUAAAUCUUUAGUCAAUAAUCUCUAAAUAUUUCCAAAAAAAAAAGUGUACAUUUAUUUUAUAUCAGUUAAGCACUUGAGAUAUUUCAGGUGAGAAAACACACAUUGAUGCUAUUAUCCUGUCUGUUUAUUUUUCAUAAUUUUGAUGUUUUGAGUUAAAAAGCACGCAGCAUGAACCUAGUCUUUAUUUUUCAUUUUCAUGCUUUCUGGUUUGUUUGUGGUUUUGUUUUUUUUUUUGUUUUUUUUUGGGGGGGGAGGAGGAGGGGCAAUUAGUUUGAUGACAGAGCACCAACCAUGAGUUGCUGUAUUCAGCCAAAGACUAGUUAUAUGUACUUUUGUGUAUCACAGCCUGUUGUACAAAUAAAACUUUUGUGCAGGGUCUCAAA